AUGGCUGCAGCACCCGAGGGAGAGGCGGGCAAGGCUGAUGAUGAGGUCAGCGAUUAUGGAGAUGACGAUGGCAUGCAAUGGUACGCAACUGCGGCUGCUGGUCUGGGGGAAGAGCCGGCUACGGCUGGUCCAGGGGAAGAGCCUGCUCCUGCUGGUGCAGGCGAAGAGGAUUCUCCUGUCGAGGACGCCGUUGCGGAUGAUCCCUACCAGCUAGCGUCCGAUCCAUAUCAGCUGCUCGACGAAGAGGAGGUACAGGCAACUGCUGCACCAGAUGAAGUGACUCCUGCAGUGGAAGGUCAGGAGAGCAAGAGAUCAUCUGAGAAGCCAGUGCCGAGCCAGCGGCCCACCAAAGUGCCAAAAACUGCCAACACAGCUCCCGAUGCCUUCCCGGAGUUUAUGUCCGUGGCGGCAACUCCAAAGCCCAAAGCAAAGCUUACCAUGUCAGCAUUGCCGCUGAAGCAACUUGCAGAAGUUUUGCACGUGCCACCAGCUCCUGAGGGAGAGGCAUCGAAGCCUUGGGCACCAAGCUGGCUGUCCGAGGAGAAGGAGCCAGAUGCGAAUCCGGUGGACACCAUGGCAUAUGCCACGGAAUCUGUGCCGGAAGCGGAUGCAUACCCCGAGGAUUUAGGCGCCGACCAGGUGCUGUCUUGGGAUGAGCGUUGUGUUGUUGUGAAGCAGGGCCAGGUUCACAUAGAGUUGCAGCGACGCAAGCCUCCCAUGGGCAAUGCUGCUUUGCUGCGAUUUUGUGAUUGGCUAGAUGAGCAGAUGCCGCUUGUGGUGCAGCACUUUCCUUAUGUGAAGAAAAGUGGUGCCUACGUGGACCUAUCUGACAACGAAAUUGGCACUGAUGGCCUGGACAAGCUAUUUCAGGUAUUGAGAGACCAUCGUGUGCCAUGUGUGGUGUUGAAGGCGUACCGAAAUUCAAUUGACGAUUCCUUUGUUGAUACCCUGGUUGAGUACCUUUACACCCAGCCAGAGGCAUUUCCCAUGCAUGGCAUCCACAUCUCUCACAACAGCAUCUCCGACAAAGGGGCUUUCCGCCUGAUCCGUGCGGCCGCGCAGUGCGGACAUUAUCCUCGCCUGACGACCCGCUUGCCUCUUUGGCUGCGACUGGAGGUGUGA